AUGGGUGGCAGUGAGAGCAAACAGGAGGGAGUCCCUCCCUCUAAAAGCACUCUGUGUGGGGAACAUGAGAGCCAGACCAAAGCUCAGAGGAACCCACCUGGACCUCCACCCAGCUCUGUGUCCAAUGAAAGUAACUCAGUCAAAGAUGUCAUUAAGAAAUUUGAGCAAAGACAGUCAGCUGAGAAAAGGAUCCAUCAGAGACUCAAACCUGGACCUCCACCCAGCUCUGUGUCCUUACAGAGUGACCGGUCUAAAGAGGCUGGUAUUUUCUUUAAAUCAGGCGUGUGUCGUCCUGCAGAGAGAGUGGACCAGCAGAGCUCAGAGGUUCCCAGUGGUCAGUCUGCCCAGCAGCAUCAAACACAGCUGGACUCCAUAUUUAUGCUGCUGGAGGACAACAUCAUCACUUUUGUGAAGAACGAGCUGAAGAAGAUCCAGAAGGUUCUGAGUCCAGAUUACCCAGAAUGCUUAGAGAGUCAGAGGAGCAGCAGCAGAGAGGCAUUUGUGAAGAUCACAGUGGACUUCCUGAGGAGAAUGAAGCAGGAGGAGCUGGCUGACCGUCUGCAGAGACAACUUCAAGCUGCAGUUUGUCGUCGUAACCUUAAAUCUGCUCUGAAGAAGAAGUUCCAGUGUGUGUUUGAGGGCAUCGCUAAAGCAGGAAACCCAACCCUUCUGAACCAGAUCUACACAGAGCUCUACAUCACAGAGGGAGGGACUGCAGAGGUCAAUGAUGAACAUGAGGUCAGACAGAUUGAAACAGCAUCCAGGAAACCAGACAGACCAGAAACAACAAUCAGACAAGAAGACAUCUUUAAAGCCUCACCUGGAGGAGAUGAACCAAUCAGAACAGAGUUUCUGGCUGCUCUUCAUGUCCAUCUGACCUUCAUCAACUCUGGACUCAAUCUGCUGGAAAAAGAACAAAUACCCAGACUGAGUCACUGUGACCUGUCAGAAAGAAGCUGUGAAGCUCUGGCCUUAGGUCUCAGCUCUCAGACCUCUAAUCUGAGACAGCUGGACCUGAGUAACAGUAACCUGAAGGAUUCAGGCGUGAAGCUUCUGUCUGUUGGACUGAAGAGUCCACACUGUACACUGGAAACUCUCAGGUGA